AUAUUAGAAAGUUGGAGGUUAGUUUAAUGAGUGUCAUUUAAAGUUUCAACAACAGUCAGUUGGAGCUCGGAUACGAGGAGUGUUGUUGUUAGUACUUUUUGAGGCUCCUCUUCAAAUAAAACUGUUUAUUCUAACAUCCGGUGACAUGGAAGUAUUAAGCCUACGGAUCCUCUUUCUUCUGUGCUGCAUAUUUGCAAUGUCCGAGUGCCGUGGGGCGUGUGCAGAAGUGGACUCUGACACAGAGGCAGUGGCGGGCAAGGGCUUCAAACUGGGCUGCAUCUCCUGCAAGAGGAGGAGUGAGGUGGAGGCCACUGCCACUGUCGAGUGGUACUUCAGGCCGAAAGGAGAAGCCGACUUUGUUCAUAUCUACACCUACAACGAGGAAGGCCCCAUCAUUGAACACGACGACUUCAUGGACCGUUUGGAUUGGAACGGAAGUAAGAGGAGCCAAGACAUCCAGGAUGGAUCCAUAUACCUGCUCAACGUCACCUUCAAUGACACGGGCACCUACCGCUGCUUUUUCAACCGCAUCCUCUUCUACGCUAACUAUGAGUACAGCACCGUUAUCAGCAAAGUGGUCCAACUUUCUGUGGUGGCUAAAGCGACCAGAGGAACGGCUUCCAUCGUGUCCGAGGUCAUGAUGUAUGUGUCCAUCAUUGGCCUUCAGGUCUGGCUCCUCAUAGAGAUGAUAUACUGCUACAGGAAAAUAUCAGCAGCUGGGGAAGAAGCAUUAAGAGAAGCAGCAAAUGCUGAAUAUUUAGCGAUAGCUUCAGAAAGUAAAGAGAACUGCGCAGGGGUGCAGGUUGGAGAAUAACACAGGCUUCUUCCCUGGACUAAAAACAUCCUUCCACCUUCUGACCUGAAUGUAGACAACUUGGGGGUAAAACCAGUGACGGACUGGGAUCAAGAAAUGGCCCUGGCAUUUGCAACACACCAACCCUACCUGAACGUUGACAGAAAAAGCAAAAAAAAUAUACAAACUGAAUAGAAUGCAGAAAUUCAGAACACAUACUUAAACGACACGCACUAUUGCUACAGUCGGUGACCGAUGCCGAUAACAAUUUAACAUCUAAUAGCGUCGGCAGAUUGCUAGUUGCUGCGAGAUGAUACGCUCCACUAAAGGCGCAUUCAGCACAAACACAAAGGCUCGACGUUAAAGCACAGUACAUAAUAACACGGCUCCACCAAAACAUGAAAAUGUUUGUGGCUGCAUGCAUAAAAUAACUUUUUUUAAACAACCGAAGACAAGUUAGUUAUUAUUGUAAGAUAUUUUAUUGUGUUCAAUUUUAAGAGCGUAACAUACUAUAUAUUUAUUAAAAAAAAUCCCAUUCGAAUAGUAAUUUCAGCAUUCGAAUAGUAUGGAUUUUUUUACUAUACGAAUUAUAUUUGACUUUUGGAAUUUGUUCCAACAGCCCUAAUAGAGGGCGGCCCUUCUGGCAUCUGCCCAAAUUCCAGAUGGUUCACUGGGUAAAACUCCUCUUCAUCUCAAGCCUCUAUUUGACCUUUUCCCUGACAAAGAUCGCACGUGGAUAUUUCAUACAAAGAGAGUAUGGUACCAGCACUGCAUUUAGUAUUCUGUGUAGAAAAAGCAUUUUCUGCUUCUGCACUUAUUUGACAAACCAUUAUGCAUUAAAGAGUCACAUUGUCAUAUUUUUCACAUAUAGUAUUUGUAUCGUAAAUGUAGUCACACAUUCAUAUACACAGAGACAUUGAUGCAUGCUUUUAUUAUCUGUUGGAUAGACCAUUGUAAAGACUUUCUUGUCUUCCGAAGAAAAGAAUUGCUCACAAUUUUUACAAAAUUCAGCUGCAGGGUUGUUGACGAAGACCAGAAAGAGAGCACAUAUUACACCGAUUUUAAAGUCUCUGCACUGGCUAUCCGUGCGCUUCAGAAUUGAUUUAAAGGUCCUUUUAUUGGUAUCGGUCUAGUCCUAGUUAUUUAUCACAUUUGCUUUUACCUUAUGAACCCUCUCGAUGUGCCACAUUUUUAUGUAUGAAAAGUGCUAUAUAAAUAAAGUCUGAUUGAUUGCUUGUUAUAACAUGUAAGUGGUACUAUGGGUGUCUGAUGGACUCUGACAAGGCUGUUUUUAAAAGAAAGCUUUUUCCUGAAUCAUCACCACCUAAUGCAUAAUUAAUGUGACACAUGAUUUUUUUUUUAAAUAGAAUAUAAUGGACCUGGAUAGUCUUUCCAGUUGCUAGUUGUACAUUCAAGUGUUCAAGUCUUAAGAUGUACUAAUAAAAACUUAAAAAGUAUACGUGAUGAUGGAGAAAUCUUCUGAUUUGCCAAAUAAAUAUUUCACAGAGUUGAAA